AGACGAGAAACACGAUUUUGCCGAGACGGGUGCGGUGAAUGCAGUCCCUCCUCGCGUGUUCAAAAUCCGAGGAACUACCACGCGAUCGAUCCGUGGCGAUGGUGGUGGUGGUGGCAAUGGCCCGAUUCGGAGCAGGCCGAUCUCGUCGCGCUGCCAAAGAGGAAAGUGCCGCAGACAGGGGGAGGAGGAGGAAUGGAUGUUGGCCGAGACAGAGCAGCAGUUCGGAACCACACUCGCUCCCAGCGAUUUUGGAUGCAGCAGCCACCCCGUCGCCAGCCAAUUCUUAGUUCCCUGCGCUGAGCAUCGUCGCAUCCGCGUCUUGACACUCCCUCACUCUUCGCCGCGCGGAUGCUCCUGCCCAUCUACCCCCGCCGAGUAAAAACUGGUGGCAUCGGUGAGCGAAAUACGUUGAAGUCCAUUCCCUGUGAUGCAUCUGUAGGUGGUGAGGAGCAGAUGCCUGGAGCUUGACAUCGUGGUGCAGGUGGGACGAAGGGCGAUCAGCGGGGUCGGAAGGCCCCAGGCGAGUUGAAAGAAAGAGGUUUGGGGAGCGUGGGGAGGUCGAAAGAUGUCGAAGGCGAUGGCCGGGUGGUUUGGGCGCACCCACAGCAAGUCCAUGUCCAAGAACAUGAACAAGCAAGACGCGCAGACGGCAGAGCAAGGGAACGAGGAGAAGGAGAAUGGGAGCGAGAAGGAGGUGAAGUGCCUGACGAAGUGCGAGUCGCUUCCGACGAACUCGAGCAGCGUGGAGUCGGACGACGACGAGUCGCAGGCAGAGCAGGAGGCAGCGUGUGCAGCGUUCAACGAGAAGGAGCUGGGUCCACUGGUGUCGUUGAAAGAGCAGCUGGAGAAGGACAAGGAAGACGAGAGCCUGCGGCGAUGGAAGGCGCAGCUGCUGGGGGUGGCAAGCCUGGAGGAGGGGGACGGGUUCGUGGAGCCGGAGGUGAAGGUGGUGUCGCUGGGGGUGAUGGCGAAGGGGCGAGCGGACAGCGAGUUUCCGCUGCCGCUGGGGACGAACAGCAGGGGUUACACGUUUUCGCUGAAGGAGGGGUCGACGGUGGCGCUGAAGUACGUGUUCACGGUGCGGAACAACAUCGUGUCGGGGCUGACGUGCGUGAACACGGUGUGGAAGGUGGGGCUGCAGGUGGACCAGACGCGGGACAUGAUGGGGACGUUCGCGCCGCAGCAAGAGGCGUACGUGCACAUCGCGGAGGAGGAAGUGACGCCGUGCGGGCCUCUGGCGCGCGGGGCAUACACGGCGCGGAAGAAGUUCGUGGACGACGACGGGAGGGUGUACCUGGAGUUGGAUUACUCGUUCGAGAUUCGGAAGGAGUGGUAGAGUGAGUGAGUGGGUGGGGCGAGGCGAUCGGAGGGAGGAGAAGAGCGAGAGGGAGAGGGAGAGGGAGCGGGAGAGGGUCCCAUUGUGUGAUACGUGAGAGGCAGGGUGGCAUGUUGGCAGUCGAACGACGCGAACGAGGGAAAGAACGGAUGAGGAGAGUGGAAUUGAGCCGAGAGGCGUGACCGAGUCGAGGGAGAGGAGGAUGCAUGGCGUGUGGGGAGGCGGUGGAAUGGAGCAGCAGGGCAAGGGGCGAGGGGUGUGGGGAAGAGGAGGUGUGAAGGAAAUGAUUUGGAGGAAGGUGUGGAAGGAUUGGCGAUGGAGAGGGUGUCACGGUGCGUGCAAAAGCUAAGAACGUUGGAACGGACACAGACGGCGAAGUGUGGGUCCCCCCUUGUAAUUUACAGCUUGUCCAUCUCCUGAGCUUUUAAAUUGUCUGGGUUAGAUAUUCUGGUUGAGUUGUCAAGGAACAUUGGAAGAUUCAAAUUGAAGACUCCUCUCGUAAGGUAUAACUUUAGGUCACAGCACUUACGGAUUUAGUAGUUUCCUUUCAGGCAAACUGCGUAUUUCAUCCCCACCUUGGGGACUCGGUACUUGAAUUGAACCGAAAGCAGCACUUGGUAAAUGGAUUAUUCUUCUUAAUUACUGGCGUUCCGUGCAGUUGUA